CCUUGUUUAAGAACGAAUACCCUCCCUGACAAAACUUUACUGUGAACCAAUGGCUGACCAGUGAUUUUAAAGACGGCCAAUUAAUAGACCAAUAAAAACGCAGUAACUAGGUAAAGUUGCGGAAGUGGCAGCUGUCUUGUCCAAUCAGAGAGCUUCAGCGCUGAACGUGAGCUGACCGACGCCUGCACGCAGGCAGCUGCUGCGCAGAAGAGGGGGGCAGGAGCCGAAUGGUGGAGCUGAAGAUGGCGGAUGGCGACAGUGGGAGUGAGCGUGGUGGAAGUAGCGGAGGAGGAGGAGGAGGAGGCUUCCAGCACUUCCACAGGGACCAGGAGACCCAGGAGCUGGCCUCCAAGCGCCUCGACAUCCAGAACAAACGCUUCUACCUGGAUGUCAAGCAGAACAGUAAAGGCAGGUUCAUCAAGAUCGCCGAGGUCGGGGCCGGGGGCUCCAAAAGUCGCUUGACCCUCUCGCUGUCAGUUGCGGCGGAGUUCCGUGACUACCUCGGGGAUUUCAUCGAGCACUACGCCCAGCUGGGCCCCAGCACUCCGGAACAAAUAGCCCAGGCCACCGCGGGGGAAGACGGCGGGCCGAGGCGAGCUCUGAAGAGCGAGUUUCUGGUCCGGGAAAACCGCAAGUACUAUCUGGACCUGAAGGAGAACCAGCGGGGGAGGUUCCUGCGGAUCCGGCAGACCGUCAACCGCGGACCUGGCUUUGGAGUAGGGGGGCCCGUGGGGGGCAUGCUGGCCGGUCAGACCAUUGCCCUUCCGGCGCAGGGGCUGAUAGAGUUCAGAGACGCCCUGGCGAAGCUCAUAGAUGAUUACGGAGGAGACGACGAGGAGCUGACGGGGGGCAUGGCCGCGGGGGGCUUCAGCGAGCUCCCCGAGGGCACCUCCAUCAUGGUGGACUCCAAGCGCUUCUUCUUCGACGUCGGAUCCAACAAAUACGGAGUGUUCCUGCGGGUGAGCGAGGUGAAGCCCAGCUACAGGAACUCUAUCACCAUCCCCUUCAAAGCCUGGAGCAAGUUCGGAGGAGCCUUCUGCAGGUACGCCGAGGAGAUGAAGGAGAUCCAGGAGCGGCAGAGGGACAAGAUGUACGAGAGGAGAGAGGAGUCCGAGGGGGACGACGUGGAUGACGACUGAGCGCGUGGAUCACCGCGGCUGUUAGUCCAGAUGCACCACAGAUGUGCAGCAUAGGGGUAUUUUUUCAUUAAAGAAGAAAAAAAAGCAGAAACGACAGAUAAAAGUGCAUGAUGAAUCGUGCUGUAAUAGCUUACUAAAAGUAUUGUGGCGUAAAACAAAGUACAUGUGCAGGGACUGAUUGGUGUAUAUCUCUAAAAGUUUGUAGGGGUUGGAGGUGUUGUGUGCAAGAAAAAGAUGUGGAAAAUGAGAUAUUUCUCAUUGGUUUUAAAGAAAAAUACCAAGAGUGAGUUAUGCUUUUACUUUGAAAGGAAACAAAAGGAAAUGGAGGUGCUACUAAAACCAGCAGUUUGGGUUUUUAUUUUAUUUUCUUAAGCUAGAACUGAAACCAGUGAUUUCUAUCCGACGACAGAGUAUUA